AUGGCAGAUCAGAGCAAGAAUAACACUCCUGAGAUCUUCGAGCUCAACAAUGGAUCCAUGCAUGUCAAGAUCUCAAAUUAUGGCGCCACCAUCACCUCCUUGUCUGUCCCCGACAAGAACGGAAAAUUGGCUGAUAUAGUUCUCGGAUUCGACUCUGUGGAUCCAUAUGUGAAAGGGCUUGCACCCUACUUUGGGUGCAUAGUUGGCCGUGUAGCAAAUCGGAUCAAAGAGGGCAAGUUUAGUCUCAAUGGAGUUGACUACACUCUUCCCAUCAACAAGCCUCCCAACAGCCUCCACGGUGGUAACAAAGGUUUCGAUAAGAAGAUAUGGGACGUAGCAGGCCACAAGAAAGACGGUGAUAAACCUUUCAUCAUUUUCAAAUAUCACAGCGCCGAUGGAGAAGAAGGUUACCCCGGUGCGGUUGCUGUCACGGCGACAUACACUCUCACGUCAGCAACGACCAUGAGACUUGACAUGGAGGCAGUUCCGCAGAACAAAGACACUCCCAUCAGCUUAGCUCAGCAUACAUACUGGAACCUGGCUGGUCACGACUCAGGAAACAUUCUUGAUCAUAAGAUCCAGAUUUGGGGGUCCCAUGUCACUCCUGUGGAUCAGUUCACAGUUCCUACAGGGGAAAUUUUACCGGUUAAAGGAACUCCUUUUGAUUUCACCGAGGAGAAACGUAUAGGCGAGUCGAUUGGAGAGGUGGGUUUAGGAUACGACCACAACUAUGUGUUGGACUGUCCUGAUCAAGAGAAGGAGGGGCUGAAACACGCAGCGAAGCUAAGAGAUGGUGGGAGCUCGAGGGUACUUGACUUGUGGACUAAUGCUCCGGGGGUGCAGUUUUAUACGGGGAACUAUGUGAACGGAGUGGUUGGGAAAGGGAAUGCGGUUUAUGGGAAGCAUGCAGGUGUGUGCCUUGAAACGCAAGGCUUCCCGAACGCGAUUAACCAGUUGAAUUUUCCGUCUGUUGUGGUUAAGGCUGGUGAGAAGUACAAGCACACUAUGUUGUUUGAGUUUUCAGCUUGA